GAAAAUCAAGCAAAUAUAAAGCGUUAAAUAAGUAUUAUUAUCACUUUUUUGCCCCUUAUAAAAACUCAUUUUAUAUUGAUGUUCCUUAAGAAAACGUAUUUUUAUUUGCUUGGUAUUUUUUCCGUAGUUUGUUUAGUGCAGGAUAAGAAAGUUUUACUUAUGAGCUCACACUUUAAGAGAAAGACGGUCACUGUAAUAUUCCAUUUCAUUGGAAUGUUGCAGAAAAAAAGUUCUUUUUAUUCUGAUGCAAGAUGUUUAUUCAAAUAAGAUGUUGCGAUGCAAUAUAAGAAUUAUAAAUAAACAGUUGAAGUGUCAAGAAAACAACUAACAAGGCUUUGUAGACGUGCAAUUAUCUUCUUUGAGUUGAGAAAUUUUGAUUUAGGCGAUUUUGGUUGCUUCUAUUUCUAUUGAUGGCUUCCAUAAUUAAAUUAACACCUUAUUCGACCUGUGCAAGUUCAUCAUCACAUAACAAUUGUAGCUCAUCUUUGUAUGCACGAUAUACAGCUAACAAAUUGGCCAUCUUAUUCGUCAAAUUGUCGACUUCUUGGCGAUCAAUGGAAGUGGAUGCUUCUUGUUCUUCACUAAUACCCGUUUCCUCAUUAACUUCAGCUGAAAUUAACUCUGUAAAAAAAAAA